GAAAGCUAAUCAGUUAGCUCCUUUCAUGGUUUUUCUUUUUACAAAACCGCCUUGUAUGAAAUAGUCAUUGUGGGAAAGGAAUUAUUUUACAAAUUAAGAAAGGGAAAAAACAAAGAUUUUCUUGAUGUUCAAACCGGUCGGCAACAUAUCCAAAAAGCUAAUCUCCGGAAUGGCAAUUUUUGUGAUCAACCUGUGUGGACUAUUUCCAGGAUUCCUUAACCAGAUGGAGAACCUACCUCUGACCUCGUACGCGUAAUGGCUGCUCAGAUAGCGCGUGGUGCUUGGCUAACGCGCUUUGAAACCUUAUAAAAAGGUUAUCUACCAUAGUCUCUUCAACCAUCACCCAACGUCGACUAUCUUUGUAUUAUUCCUUUGUCCUUAUUACAACCAUUUUUGUGCUUUGUUAAUUUGCUAAUCAACUUUCUCUCCCACCACCGCCAUGCCUGAGAAGCACCACAGCCACCACUUUCACCACCACAAGGAGGAAAAACCACCCGCCGGAGAAAUGAGCAAGCAUGACUAUGAGAAACAAGUGAAACACCACAAACACUUAGAACAAGUCGCCAAGUUAGGGACUGUAGCUGCUGUUGCCGUUGCUCGGCAUGAGAAGCAUAAGGCCAAGAAGGACCCAGAGAAUGCUCAUAGCCACAAGAUCAAAGAAGAGAUUGCAGCAGCAGUUGCAGUGGGCAGUGUUGGAUUUGCCUUCCAUGAGCACCAUCAGAAGAAAGAUGCCAAAAAGGAUAAAGAAUCUGCUUUCGGCAAGAAACACCAUCCCUUCUGAAAUUCAUUUCUCUAGUUCAUCUCCCCUUCCCCUUAGUUAUUUUCUUUUAGGUUAGUAGUGUCUCCGUUCUAUGAUAUAAGGGUGAGAUGUGUCUUAUCUUAUUGGUUCUCUUUGUGGCCUUACCAAUAAAUUUACCUUCACUAUUUUUUAUUUA